CGACGGUCCUGAGCGCCAUUUGCGCAGGCGCUCCGGCCCUGACUUCUGACUCUCGCGAGAAUCGGCUCCCGGAAGUUCCACGUCAGUCAGUCUGACGGUCAGCGGGCCGGUGGGUUCCUCUCAGGCUUGCGUAGCCGGUAACAAACGAGGGUGCCCAGGCUCGGACCAACACAGCGAUGCCUCUGCGACUUGAUAUCAAAAGAAAGCUAACUGCUAGAUCUGAUCGAGUUAAGAGUGUGGAUUUGCAUCCUACAGAGCCAUGGAUGUUGGCAAGUCUUUACAAUGGCAGUGUGUGUGUUUGGAAUCAUGAAACACAGACACUGGUGAAGACAUUUGAAGUAUGUGAUCUUCCUGUUCGAGCUGCAAAGUUUGUUGCAAGGAAGAAUUGGGUUGUGACAGGAGCAGAUGACAUGCAGAUUAGAGUAUUCAAUUACAAUACUCUGGAGAGAGUUCAUAUGUUUGAAGCACACUCAGACUACAUUCGCUGUAUUGCUGUUCAUCCAACCCAGCCUUUCAUUCUAACUAGCAGUGAUGAUAUGCUUAUUAAGCUCUGGGACUGGGAUAAAAAAUGGUCUUGCUCGCAAGUGUUUGAAGGACACACCCAUUAUGUCAUGCAGAUUGUGAUCAACCCCAAAGAUAAUAACCAGUUUGCCAGCGCCUCUUUGGACAGGACUAUCAAGGUGUGGCAGUUGGGCUCUUCGUCACCAAACUUCACUCUGGAAGGACAUGAGAAAGGCGUCAAUUGCAUUGAUUACUACAGUGGUGGGGACAAACCAUACCUCAUUUCAGGUGCAGAUGACCGUCUUGUUAAAAUAUGGGAUUAUCAGAAUAAAACAUGUGUGCAGACAUUGGAAGGACAUGCCCAAAAUGUGUCUUGUGCCAGCUUUCAUCCUGAGUUGCCAAUUAUUAUUACAGGUUCAGAAGAUGGAACAGUACGUAUUUGGCAUUCAAGCACCUACCGGCUAGAGAGCACACUGAAUUAUGGAAUGGAGAGGGUAUGGUGCGUGGCCAGUCUAAGAGGGUCCAACAAUGUCGCUUUGGGCUAUGAUGAAGGGAGCAUCAUUGUUAAGCUUGGUCGGGAGGAACCUGCAAUGUCCAUGGAUGCCAAUGGAAAGAUAAUUUGGGCCAAGCAUUCAGAAGUCCAGCAGGCCAACCUAAAGGCAAUGGGAGAUGCUGAAAUUAAAGAUGGAGAAAGAUUGCCACUGGCAGUAAAGGAUAUGGGCAGUUGUGAAAUAUACCCUCAGACUAUUCAGCACAAUCCUAAUGGGCGGUUUGUGGUGGUCUGUGGUGAUGGGGAGUAUAUCAUCUACACGGCAAUGGCAUUGAGAAACAAGAGCUUUGGAUCUGCUCAGGAGUUUGCAUGGGCCCACGAUUCCUCAGAGUAUGCAAUAAGAGAGAGCAACAGUGUUGUAAAGAUAUUUAAGAACUUUAAGGAAAAAAAAUCAUUUAAACCAGAUUUUGGAGCAGAAAGUAUCUAUGGAGGCUUCUUAUUGGGAGUCAGAUCUGUAAAUGGCUUAGCCUUCUAUGACUGGGACAAUACAGAACUCAUAAGAAGAAUUGAAAUUCAGCCCAAACAUAUUUUCUGGUCUGACUCUGGAGAGCUAGUCUGUAUUGCUACUGAGGAAUCAUUUUUUAUCCUUAAGUAUCUAUCGGAAAAAGUCUUGGCUGCACAGGAAACACAUGAGGGAGUUACUGAAGAUGGCAUUGAAGAUGCCUUUGAGGUUCUUGGUGAGAUUCAGGAAAUUGUGAAAACAGGGCUUUGGGUAGGCGAUUGCUUCAUUUACACAAGUUCUGUGAACAGAUUAAAUUAUUAUGUUGGAGGAGAAAUAGUCACCAUUGCCCACUUGGACAGGACAAUGUAUCUCCUAGGCUACAUUCCUAAAGACAACAGGCUUUAUCUGGGGGAUAAAGAAUUGAACAUUGUUAGCUAUUCCCUGCUAGUUUCAGUCCUGGAAUACCAGACAGCCGUCAUGCGGAGGGACUUUAGCAUGGCUGAUAAGGUCCUUCCUACCAUUCCAAAAGAACAGAGGACCAGAGUUGCACACUUUUUGGAAAAGCAGGGCUUCAAGCAGCAAGCUCUUACGGUAUCCACAGAUCCUGAGCAUCGUUUCGAGCUUGCUCUUCAGCUUGGAGAGUUAAAAAUUGCAUACCAGUUAGCAGUGGAAGCAGAGUCAGAACAGAAGUGGAAACAACUUGCUGAACUUGCCAUUAGUAAAUGUCAGUUUGGCUUAGCCCAGGAGUGCCUGCACCAUGCACAGGAUUAUGGGGGUCUGCUGCUUUUGGCCACUGCCUCUGGAAAUGCUAGUAUGGUGAACAAGCUAGCAGAGGGUGCGGAGAGAGAUGGCAAAAAUAAUGUGGCAUUCAUGAGCUACUUUUUACAGGGCAAGGUUGAUGCCUGCCUAGAGCUCUUGAUUAGAACUGGACGGCUGCCAGAAGCUGCCUUCCUGGCCCGAACUUACCUACCCAGUCAGGUUUCAAGGGUAGUGAAACUCUGGAGAGAGAAUCUCUCAAAAGUCAAUCAGAAAGCAGCAGAAUCCCUUGCUGACCCAACAGAGUAUGAAAACCUGUUCCCUGGAUUAAAAGAAGCCUUUGUUGUUGAAGAAUGGGUGAAGGAAACACAUGCUGAUCUGUGGCCAGCCAAACAAUACCCACUUGUCACGCCAAAUGAAGAGAGAAAUGUUAUGGAAGAAGCAAAAGGCUUUCAGCCCUCAAGAUCUACAGCUCAGCAGGAACUUGAUGGGAAACCUGCUUCUCCUACUCCAGUUAUUGUGGCCUCCCACACAGCCAACAAGGAAGAAAAGGAAGCUGCAGAAUGGCUGAGUGCUUCUUGAUGAAGGGUCUCACCCAGUGAGAGGAAAUCUGGUUUGGAAGCAUAAGAGACAGCCAGGUCACAUCAUCCCUAAGGCCCUUCUCCACAUGGUAUUUCAAAGAUCAUUUAUAUACUCACCCGGUGUGGUAUGCUAUAUGAUAUAUCAGUAAACACAUAUUUGGUUGUUUCUGUUCCUUCCAAAAUCCUAUCUUCAGCUAACACAUCGUUUAUUGGUACUCGCUCUUCCAGAACCGGUGGCAUUUUUAAUCUUACUUUAGCUGCCUCAACUGCCUGUCUUGUAGCCUAAUGAAAGAAAAUAUGUAUAAAGGAACACCACAAGGUUACAUAACAAAAAGAUCAUCCAACAAAAGCAGAUACUAAUAAAAAAAAUGUGAAAAACUGCAAAGAAAAGAAGCUGUAGCCAUGAAUCAAUAAGUAAAAAGCCAAACCUGUGAGCCCUGGCCUUUGCCUCUGCAGUGUGGCUGAGACCACCAGCUAUAGGCUCAACCAUUAUCAAAAUCACAAAGGAAUGAUCUGAGACAAAGCCAGGCUACAAAAGCUGCUUGAACUAGAAUAAGGAAUGUAGUUAUUGGGUGCUUACUAUGUACCAGAUAUGGUUCAAAUACUCUAAAAGUAUUUGGCUCAUUUAAUGGCCUCAAUUACCUUAUGAGUUAGGUCCAAUUGUUAUCAUCUCCAUUUUACAGAAGAAAAAACAGAUGCACACAGGUGUUAAAUAAAUUGCUAGGAAAUUGCAGCACUGGUAUUUGAACCUAGACAACCUAACUUCAAAGCCCAUUCUCUUAACCACUGACUAAACUGCUUCAUGCCAUACUGUUAACAGUGGUUACCUCUAGGAAGUGAGAAGGGGGACUUUUACUCUUCAUAUAAUCUAAUAUUAGAUAUAUAUAUAUAUUUGCUAUGACUAUAAAUUACUUUUGAAUCAGAAAGAUGAGUAUUAAUGCUUUACUUAUUCAUACAUCAAAGUGUUUUUCACAAAGGACUCAGUACCUAUGGCUCCAGGAGGACACUGGUGCCUGGGAAACACGCUGUUUCCAUGCAAGCUCUCAUAAUCUCACCAAAGCUUCAGCCCCAAGGCAGCUCACCGUAGAUGUUUCUCCAGGAAGGAAGCUGGAGCAGGCAGGAAAAAGGAAGGGUGCUCAGGCUGCCUUGAGAGCAGAGAGGGGACUCUCUGAACACCCAGAUCUAAUCCAUAGCCCUAGUCUGCUCAAUUCCAGCCAUCCUCCUUGCCACUCUCUGGCUGUCUACGCACAUUUCCUUUCUCAGUUCUUUCUAUGCCUGACACUACCCUUCACUAGUGCCUGUGGAAGAACAGCUGUAAGCAUCUGCAGGGGCCUCUAGAAAUGCCAUUUAACCCCUUAAAGAAAGGUAUUCUAACAAUAUUCCUUCAUUCACCUACCUCUUCCAACUGUGCCUGAGUCAUUAGCUUAUAGGUUGGUGGUUUCAGUUCUUGAAUAGCUGGCUUAAAAGUCUUCUGCAAGUUCAAGCCUGUCAUUUUCGUGAGUAUGCUUUGAACUUCUUCAUCCAUAAAUGUAGGUUU